CCGGCCGGCUCGGGCGAGCCCAUGGUGCUGGGCACCGCGACCCGCAGCCGCCGCCGCGCCCGCCUGCCCGGCGCGGAGCUCGGCCCGGCGCGCAGCUGAGGAGGGGGCCGAUCAGCAGCCGCGGAGGAGCGGGGGGGGAUGCCGGAGAGACACAAAGCCGGCGGGGGAAGCAGCCCACGGCUCGUCCCGGGAUGGGGGCGCCGCGCCGGGUCCGCCUGAUGGUGCUGCCGCGGGUGCUCUGGGGCUCCAUCCCCCUCUUCCUCAUGCUGCUGCCCGCGGCCGAGCCCAUCUGCCCCGAGCCAUGCGACUGCCAGCAGCACCAGCACCUCCUCUGCACCAACCGGGGCCUGCGCUCGGUGCCCAAGGCUGCCGAGCCCCAGGAUAUCCUCACCUACAGCCUCGGGGGCAACUUCAUUGCCAACAUCUCCGCCUUCGACUUCCACCGCCUGGCAGGGCUCCAGCGCCUGGACCUGCAGUACAACCGGAUCCGCUCCCUGCAUCCCAAGGCCUUUGAGCGCCUGGGUCGGCUGGAGGAGCUCUACCUGGGCAACAACCUGCUGCCGGCGCUGGCCCCCGGCACCCUCAGCGCCCUGGCCAAGCUGCGCAUCCUCUACGUGAACGCCAACGAGAUCGGCCGCCUCAGCGCCGCCUCCUUCUCUGGCCUCGGCAGCCUUGUUAAGCUGCGCCUGGACGGCAACGAGCUGGGCUCGCUGGGCGACUCCACUUUCUCAGGGCUGCCGAACUUACUCUACCUGCACCUGGAGUCCAACCGCAUCCGCUGGCUGAGCCGCGGUGCCUUCACCGGCCUGGCUAAGCUGCGCUUCCUCGACCUCUCAGGGAACCAGCAGAGUUCCCUUCGCCACCCGGACACCUUUGGGCCGCUGCGCUCCCUCCACACCCUGCUGCUGGCCAGUAACAGCCUGCAGCAGCUGACGGGGGGGCUCUUCCAGCACCUGCCCAGCUUGGCGAAGCUCUCGCUCAGUGGCAACCGCCUGGCUCACCUGGCCCCGGAUGCCUUCACGGGGCUGGGUUCGCUGAAGGAGCUGCGCCUGGAGGGAAACCUGCUAAGCCACCUGCCCGCUGCCCUGCUGGAGCCUCUGAGCAGCCUGGAGGCGCUGGAUCUGAGCCGCAAUGCGCUGACCGCCCUGCACCCUGCCACCUUCGGCCACCUCAGCCGCUUGCAGGAGCUCAGCCUGCGAGACAACGCGCUGGCCACCCUCCCCGGUGAGCUCUUUGCCUCCAGUCCGGCCCUCUACCGCCUGGAGCUGGAGGGGAACGCCUGGAGCUGCGACUGCCGUCUCCGCGGCCUCAAGCACUGGCUGGGGGCCUGGCACUCCCAGGGCCGCCUGCUCACCGUCUUCGUGCAGUGCCGCCUGCCACCCACCCUGGCCGGCAAGUACCUCGACUACCUGCAGGACGCCCAGCUGCCGCCGCCGCAAGACGGCGGCGCCUGCCACGACGGUGCCUCUCCGCCCUCCGCGUCCCCCCCGCCGGCGGCCGAAGAGCAGCGCCGGCCGCCGCCGGCCGCCGAGGGGCUCGGCAGCAACAGCAGCGGCGGCGGCGGCGGCGCUGGGCUGCCCCGCGGGCCGCCGGGGCCGCCGCCGCCGUCCGCCUCCACCGCCCGCCUGCUGGGGGCGCCCGAGGGCGCGGCGGCCCCCAGCCCCACGCCGCCGCUGCCCGCCCGCCCGGCGGCCUCCGGGCCGGCGCCGCCCAGCGCGGCGUGGCCCCGGCGGGCCGGCAAGCCCCGCUCGGCGCCGGCCGCCGGGGUCCCGCCGCUGGUGUCCGACCCGUGCGACUUCAACAAGCUGUUCCUCUGCAACCUGUCGGUAGAGGCGGUGGGCUCCAGCUCGGUGACGGUGCGCUGGGCCGUGCGGCCGCACCGCAGCCCGCGCCUGCUAGGGCCGGCGCGGUUCCGCCUCCUCUUCGACCGCUUCGGGGCCGCCGUCAAGUUCCAGCGCUUUGUCUACCUGCCGGAGCACGGGGAGCCGGCCGCCACCCUGCGGGAGCUCCGCCCGGACACCCCCUACCUCGUCUGCGUCGAGGGCGUCCUCGGCGGCCGCGUGUGCCCGGUGGCGCCGCGGGACCACUGCGCCGGGCUGGUCACCCUGCCCGAGGGUGGCGCUGCGGCGGGCGGGCCCCGCGGCCCCGACCAGCAGCUCCUCGUCCUGGUGCUGCUGGCGGUGAACGCCCUGCUGCUCUUUGCGGCGCUGGCCGCCUGGGCGUCCCGCCUGCUGCGGAAGAAGGUGCUGGGGCGGCGGCGGCGGAAGGCGGCCCCCGUCCAUGUCCGCCAGCUCUACUCCACCCGCCGGCCCCUCCGCUCCAUGGGCACCGGCGUGUCCGCCGACUUCUCGGGCUUCCAGUCCCACCGGCCGCCCCGCGGCGCCGCCUGCGCCCUCAGCGAGGCCGACCUCAUCGAGUUCCCCUGCGAGCGCUUCAUGGACAGCGGCGGCGGCCGCCACGGCGACGACCACCUGCUGCAGCGGUUCGCCGACUGAGCCCGCCAAACUACAGCUCCCGGCAGGCCCCGCGGGGGAGGCGGGCACCGCCCUGCGGCGAGGCCCGCUGGGAGCUGUAGUCAGCGCGGCGAGGGGAGGCGGCCGUUGGUCUGUGAGGGGCUGGCGCGGGCCCCGGCGGAGAGCUGUGGCGCAGUGGCUGCCUUCAGCCGCCCUUUACUGCAGGCCGGGGCCGAUGCCAUCUGUGAGACGGGCUUGCUCGGUCACCUUUGCGAGGAGGUCACUGUUUUCUCAGAAAUCGUCGCUAACCCCAGCGAAAGCCCCGACUGUGGUGGGAACCGUUCCUUGCCAUGAGGAGAGCAAAACGGCGGGAGCUACUGCGAACAGCAGCUGGUGCCUCCCUUACGCGAACUCAGAGCCGUGAAUUUAAGCGUGGUAUCUUGCAGGUGGUUUUCUCCGACUGCAGCGGGGAACAACAGUUUGAGUGAGUGGCCUGGCCCCAUGCGAGGACGCUUUGAACAGACCUUUCCAAGGCACCAGCCCUUCCUCGUCAAAAAUUCGGACUGAGGGUUGUCUCUUAGUGUUACUGUUGAAAUGGGUGCAACCUGCGAGUCGUCUAGAGGGCUGGAAAUGUAUGUUUUACGCUGGACAGUUUGAAGGCUGUGCCGUUUUAAGUCAAACUGAAUGUGAGGCAAUUUAACAUGCGUGAGUGUGUUUCCAUACUUUUUUGUAAACGGGAAACAGUGCAGCUGGUUAGUUUUACAGGAAUAUAUUGCUGACACCACUAGGAAAAAACUAACAGAGUUUUGUAAUAUGUUUACAAAUGAGCUAUUUUUAAAUUGGUUUGGAAUAAAUACUGCUUGGUACUUGUACACAUUAACGUGUGCUGUAGUUGUCUGUGUCCGUGAUGGUCAGUAGGUCACUGACCCUCACAUAAUCCAUCUUCAUUUCUAAAUGGGUGGAUGCAGAGGUGAACUGUUGAUGGAUAAAUAAUAUUGGUGCCUUUCUUCAGAAACAAUAAUAGGUGAGAAUAUUUCAGGAAUGUGAAACAGUCUUUAUCCUAACAGGCAAUUCUCUCUUAGCCUUAGCCUACUAAAGUUAGAAGCUUUAUGUACCUCACUGUGAAAUAAAACGUUUUGGUAUAUUAAUCUAGAUUCUGUGUUUUGUGUAGCUGAGUGAGUAAUGCUAAAGUUAAACCCUUUUGCAGUAGUAUAUGAUGUUUGAGUUGGUUUUGUUUGUUUUUUUUUUUUAAUUUGAAUUUUGCUUUUGGUGUUAGAGCAAUGCUAAUCAUUUUAUGAUCAGUUGCUCUCUACUUUCUCAGACUUUUACUUUCCUAAAUAUUUACAGAAUGUGGUUCUGCUACUAUGAAAUAUGGUGGGUUAGUUUACAUUAAUAAUUCUCUCUGUGUGGUCUGGAAAUGAGCUAAUUAAAAAGGUCCAAACUGGGGUUACACUUUAAAUGCAAAUGUUUUAGAUGGAGUUUGGUAAAUUGUUGAGACCAUUGAUACUACUUCUGCUGCUUUGAAUUUAAUGUGCAACCUCAGAUGAACUCUUGUGGAACUGAAUGGCUUAAAGGAAGUGUUAGUGGACUAUGGAGACAUUCGUCUCGAUAUCAUGCAUUCAGUGCUGACCUGAGGUGUUCAUGACUACAAGUUGUUUAUUAUCAUAAUUGCAAGUAAGCGCUUUGGGGUUUUUUUCUUUUUUUUUUUUCCCUUUUUUUUUCCUUCCUUCAGAUGAACAAGUGUUUGCAAAAGACACCAUAGUAACUGGUACCUUCAAUUGGAGUUCAGUGAUUGAAUGGAGAGAAAAGACUUCAUGUUCUGAGGGAAUUUUGUUCAAUCUCUAAAUUCAAAUGGGAGAAAAGGAGAGACUGUAGAGGUCGUUUGCCUUAAUCUUUGCCUUUUAAAUGUAGAAAAAAAAUCAAAGUCUUGAUUUUUGAGUCAGUAGCAAAGAGUCCUUUGGGAUUUCAUUUUGACAGGCAGUAGUCUUCAUGAUUAUCAGGGGCCAAACUUGAUUGUCAGUGUAUAGAUUAAAAUUCGUAACUCUUAUAGACAAUGAUGAAUGGAAUUAAAACUGAAGGAAUGCAGGAUCAGGUUUUAUUUUUUGUUAAGAAUCUUAAAUUUCUGUUCUUUCGGACACCUGGGUGCUUUUGGCCACUUACGAUUGACUGUGGAAUACACCACUGUUUGUUGUUAGAAAUGCAGUGGGGAUUAUUGAGUAAAGCUGUGUAUCACACUAACAUUAGCUCUAUCACUGGAUAUUCUUCCAAUGGGAGAUGCAUAGAUGCUGUACAUGGUUAUAAUCAAUUAUGUCAAUAAAUCCAUUUGCUGAAAGAAAA